AUGUCCAUUGUCCCUCAGAAGCAGAAAGCGAGCUCAGCCUUCCAUCUCGUAGCCGGUCUUGGCUCCGGCGCAACAAGUGCGUUCUUACUGCAACCUGCGGACCUGCUCAAGACUCGAGUCCAACAAUCGCAGGCCUCCAGCUUGACACAAGCACUACGCAAUAUCCUCAAUGGCCCAAACCCGAUUCGCUCCCUAUGGCGAGGCGUCACUCCAUCAGUACUCCGAACCGGCUUUGGCUCGGCGCUGUACUUCGGCAUGCUCAAUCAGAUGAGACAGUAUGCAGCUCAGCUUCCUGCUAUGCCGGUGGUGGCGGGUGAACUGCAGCCGGUCAAGGCUUCUUCCUCGUCUCUGCCAAAGCUUGGAAAUGUGGCCAAUCUGACAACUGGUGCUCUGGCUCGCGUUGCGGCUGGCUUGAUUGUUAAUCCGAUUACUGUGCUCAAGGUACGGUAUGAGUCUACGCAUUACAAUUACACAUCGAUGAUGGGUGCUGCGAGGGACAUUGUCGCGAAGGAGGGCAUGCGGGGUUUCUUUGCAGGCUUCGGUGCCACUGCUGUGCGAGAUGCACCGUACGCUGGGCUCUACGUUCUGGUUUACGAGCAGGCCAAAUCUCGCCUGGCCACCCUCUCUGCAGGCGAUAAGCAAGUCGUGACGACUACGGCUUCGAGCUCAGCAACCAUCAACUUCGCGUCUGGGGUGCUGGCCGCUAUCACGGCGACUACAUUGACCAAUCCAUUUGACGCCAUCAAGACUAGACUACAGAUUGCGCCUGGUCGGUAUGGGAACAUGUUCAAAGCAGCCAGCAUGAUGUUGCAACAGGAAGGCAUUUCAAGUAUGUUCAGUGGUCUCAGCAUGCGCAUAGGCAGGAAAGCCUUGAGCAGUGCGUUCACAUGGACGGUGUACGAGGAGCUCGUGAGGAGGGCAGAGCGCGUGCUUGUAUAA